UAGCUCGCUCUCUCUCUCUUGGACGCAAAUUCUGUCUAUGUGAGCAGUAAGAACGAGCUUGCACCACCACCAUCACCACUGCCGCAGCCGCAAUCUCCAGUACCCCACUCCCCACCCCGGUCCAAGUGAACGCGGCUCAUCUAUAAAAGAGGGGCACGGCAGGGAGACCCAGGAGGAAGAGCAAGGGGCCACUCAUGGAGUCGCCAAUUCUGCGAUACCACGCGAGCGUUACUGAGAGGCCCGCGCGCUGGGAAGGCCUCGUGGUGGCCCUGGGCGCCGUGGCUCUGCUCGUGACCGUCGCGACGAGCGCGUGGCGGCUGCUUCGCAAGGGCCGACGGCCGACCACCGUGCCCUUCCCCAACUUCGAUCACCGCUACCUGGAGGCCAAGUAUGGCCGCGAUGGGUCCCGGCCCCACGGCAAGCGUCCAUCCUUUGACGAGUCUGCGGACCGCUGGUACGAGACCGGGGGUCGCCGAUCCUGCGCGACCUCCCCUCUGCGCGUCCUCUUCUUGCGCCACGGCUACGAGGCGAUGGACGGCUCCGCGGGCCGGGCGCGAGGCCCCCCGCCGCUCUCCCGCUCCGCCUCCGCCGACUCCGUCUCCUCCGUGUCCUCCGUGGCGCCCGAUUUCGGCUUCCAAGACGACGGCGGCGGCGAGAUGGGGGAGUGCGAUCCCAGGGUGGAGGUGGCCGUGCAAUGCGAGCAGGAGGAGCGGGGCGGUGGCUCGGAGCUGCGGGUCUCGUUGCUCAGAGCGCGCGGCUCCGUGGACGCAGCUGCGGCUCCGUGGAGGGUCCGGCUCACGCUGCUGGGGCAAAGCGGAGCCAUUCACCUGGGCGACAGCGCGCAGAUCUCAGCUGCAGAUCCCCCAAACUCGACCCUGGAGCUGGACCAGGAGUUCUCGCUGACGAUGGAAGAAGGCGACCUGGAGCAAGGCCGCCUCCACCUCUCCGGCGUGCGGUGUGAGGGUGAGGCCGGAGUGGGCUCCGGCGGACACCGCGGGCAAACGAAAUCAUCCGGAGACCCCGAGGGUCGCCCGCCAGAAGCGCAGCUGCGCCUCUCUGAAUUGGAACUCCACGUUGCGCCGUUCGUCAGCUGGCUCUUCCUGCGCAAGUCUGGCCAGGCGACCGAGCGCUGUGGAGACAUCCGCAUCUCGCUGAAUUACCUCCCCACAGCGGAGCGGCUGACCGUGGUGGUGGUGAAGGCGCAGCACCUCGUGUGGCUGGGGCACAAGGCUUCUGCCGACCCCUACGUGAAGGUGUACCUGCUUCAGGGGGGGCGCAAGGUGAGCAAGGUGCGCACUGCUGUGCGCAAGGAUGAGAGGAGCCCAGUCUACAACGAAUCCUUCACGUUCAGCGUGCCUCGCGCGUGCCUCCCCCACGUGUGCGUGCGCGUGACCGUGGCUGAGCGCGCGCCCGGCCCGGGGGGCCGUGCCGAGGUCGUUGGGCACGUGGUGCUGGGGCCGCGAAGUCGCGGAGCUGCGCUGGCCCACUGGACGGCCGUGCUGGCCUCGCCCCGCAGGGCCGUGGCCGCGUGGCACGCGCUCCUCCGGGGCCCUCCGGACGCGUCGGCCGAGGGGGCCCACGGCCACCCGCAGCAGAGCGGGGGCCAGGCCUCGAUCAUCAGCAACACCGAUGACCUGCUCUGCUAGUGCGGUUUACCGCCGCCGCUGCCGUCAUCAUCAUCACCACUACCUCCGAUUAGCGCGGUUGGCUACGUACGGUGCGAAAGACGUUCAACAUACCCGUACAUACUGGAUGAUGUGUUAGCAUGGUUGCAUUAUCGCAUCGUCGUAGUCUUCGUCAUCGUCAUCCCCCCCCCCCCCCCCCCCCCC